AUGACACUAGCCAGCCGAAGGAGGGUGAAUCCAGGUAACCUUAAGCUUCGUCGUCUGACUCAGGCCUACCUCACUCCGUUUCAACAAACUAAGGCCUUACAAAGUACCAUUGAUUCUAAGAUAGACCACAUUUAUAGCAUGACUCAGGAUUUGGUACUCGAAUAUCAAAGUGUGACGACGGGUUUAUUUCCAAGGUAUUCGAGAGAUCGUGAUGUUGGCUAUGUCAAGGACAGUAUUUACUGUGCGCUUGCAAGCUGGGCCUGUUCACUUGCAUACAAAAGACUAGAUGAUGAACGUGGGCGUCAAACGGAACUUCGACAAUCCGCGGUAAAAACUAUGCGUGGUAUUUUAUUCUGUUGGAUGCAGGAGAGCGAAAGCCUGAAUGCCUUCAAAUCCAACAACUCGGCGGAACACGCACUCCGUGCUAGAUUCGAUCUGCAAACUGGAAUGGGUUUAAAUCGCCCUAAUGAAAACUUGUACGGUCACAUGCAGAUGGAUUUGGUAGCACUUUAUUUGCUGGUUCUCGUUGAAAUGAUUGCAAGUGGAGCGAAGAUUAUCUACACUCAUCACGAGGUAAAUUUUGUGCAAAAUCUGGUGUUCUACAUCGAGCGGACUUACCGUACACCUGAUUUUGGUAUGUGGGAACGAGGUACUCGUUACAACAAUGGCAAACCUGAGCUUCAUGCCAGCAGCUUGGGUAUGGUGAAGGCCGCUCUCGAAGCAAUCAACGGUUUUAACGUCUUUGGAGCCUCCGGCCACAGUGCUUCUGUAAUAUACGUGGACAUUGAUGGUCACAAUAGAAAUAGAACGACAUUCGAAACAAUUUUACCGCGGGAAAGUAACUCAAAGAAUACGGAUGCUGCACUACUUAUGACUGUGGGAUGGCCUGCGUUUGCUUCCCAUAAUGAGCAAAUUAUCGAGAAAACUGUGCAGAAGUGUGUACGUCGGCUCGAGGGGAAAUUUGGUGUUCGAAGAUUUCUACGAGAUGGAUACCAUUGCGAGUUAGAAGAUAACACACGGAUUUAUUACGAGGAGCACGAAGACAUCGCAUUUUCAUGGUGUCGAAAGCCAGUUCCCCAUGUUCUUCGCUUAUAUGAGCCUAACAGCUUUUUUGCAGCAUACUUCCGUGGAGAUCAAGCGUAUGCUGAUAAAUAUUUCGAUAAACUUCAGGGUCUGCUUGUUAACGAUGAAGAUGUGACUGGUGGGAUGCUGGUUCCUGAAUGUUAUUGCGUGGACGAGUGCUACAUGGAACGCGAACGUGCCGUACCGAAUUCGACCGAUCUUUAUCCGGUAAAUCCUCGGGAAUUCGGACAUCAUUUAUGGAGCAACGCCGUGUAUAUAAUCCUGCUUCUCGUCCGUGAAGGUUUGAUUCAUAAAUCGGACUUAGAUCCUAUUAAUAGACAUCUGCCUGCUUCCCAGCGCCCAAUGCAGUUCAAGCGGCACUCGGAAUUUCAACUAUUCGAAUGUCUUGGGAGAGAUGAGAAGCUAGGACUCAGUGGAAGACCACCUCGACCGUUUGGGCCGUUGAGUACUUCCAAGGUAUUCCGCGUUUUUGGAGACACGGUGAUGUGCUAUCCGCUUCUGUUCGAGGUUAAAGACUUCUACGUAAACUCUGAUCCGGCUGUUUUGAUCGAUGAUAUCAAGUUGUUUGACAGCGAUACUUUUUUCCAGCGAGACAUCGAAUUUGUUGCAAGGCGAUGGAAACUGACUGGGCGGCCGACUAUGUGCCUUCUCCUACGUGAGGAAAACAUUGUGGGAGAGUAUUUCGAUCACAUUCUGGAUCUUCUUUCUCGUGCAACCGGCUAUGUUAACGGCAUUCGAGU